GGGAAUGCAGCGGGUUAUAUGGGUAGGAAAGAGUCCCCAGUGCUCCUCAGGCUGUGGGAGCUGCGCCUAUUGGCGCCAAUAGCGCUAGAUUUCCAUUGCACCCAGUCAGCUGAUACUGACACACAUCAGCCAGCCGUGCUAUGAAAACACCAGUGUAAAAUUAGACUGAUUGCAAGCUCUGUGGUCAAGUACAGCCCAUUCUUUCUAUUCCCCUUUGUGCAGCCUUUCCUGCUUCUCGGAGUAUCCAGUACAUGGCUGCCAGCUGUCUCUGAUACACAGUCUAGGCUUUCUAUUCCAUUAAAUGUUUGUAUAAAGCAUAAUGAUAAUAACCAAUAAUAAUGGGCCAUUGUAUAAUGGUAUGGCUUUGUUAAAGUGACCAACUGCACAGGGGUAUUUCAGCUGAAUCUUUGCAUCACAGUUACUUUCCAAAAACAAAACUUGGCUGAUAAUGCCUUUUGGUUUUGGUAUAUGUAUGGGGUUCCCCUGAAUAAAGCAGGGCUGCAUGUCUCUAGUUAGCUGAUAAAGCUUCCUGAUCUGAUUUGACUGGAUUAUUGACAUUUAAUAUUCCAUAUGUGUGGCAAGUUGCCCUCUAUACCUGAUAUAUAUCCCCCCAAAUGGUGCAUGCUAUGACUAAGGUUUGGCAAGACAAAAAGCCCAGAUUGCUUUCCAGGAUCUGCUAUGGGAGCAGCAAUUGCCACUUAUGGGUGCUGCCUGAAACUUGUCUCCUAUGGAAAUGCUGAGCUUAUUAUCUGUGUUGCUAUUGGGAAACCAGUGCUCCAACCAGAAAUAAAUGAGCAAUGGGUGGCAUAACAUAUACUACCCUAGGGGCAUCCAUUGGGCUGCUGUACAAGUGAAAUGGAACAGCAACCCUAUAAUGUGAAACAGGUGUGCCCAGAAUUUGUACUGCCUUUAGUUGACUUUAGGCUGGGUCUUUUCAAACCAGACCUGUUUUAUUAAAUUAAUAAUGAGCUUGAAUUGUAUUCCUUAUACUUUUCGCAUCCAACCCAACAUUGGUUUAUAUGUUUAAUCCACUUACUCCAGUUACACGCUCCCAAGAUGUCGGAGUGUGACUCAAGUCUUCCUGAAGAACAUACCCCUGAGAAUGAACAGAUGCCUACAAAUUCAGAGGAGAUUCCUGUCAUGUAUUAUGAAGAUGAAGACCUAUUGGAAGAUGAAGGCCAGUCCUCAGUAGACAAGGCAAAGCUAUCAAUGAUGGAUAAUGAAUGCACUGAAGAUUUUGUCUCAAUAAAUGAGAAAGGAGAAACUUACAGUUCCCACCGCUCCCUGCGAUUGACAGUGGAAGAAGAAAAUGUCGAACCUGACGCACACGAAGAGACGGUACCUGGAAAGUACAUUUACAACCUAGAAGAACCCGCAGAGGUACCAUUUGGUAGAAUGGAUGCUGGGAGCUUCAGCAUUUACAACUCCAUAGAUCCCAAAACAGGGCAGGUCAUGGAGGUGACCACCUACUUAUGUAUCGAGUGCGGAAAAAGUUUUAACGACGGGACAGUUUUUUUCAAGCAUCAGAAAUCUCACACGGUGGAGAAGCCGCACACGUGUAGUGUAUGUGGAAAGACAUUUUCCUACAACUCACAUCUCGUUAUACACCAGAGGAUCCAUGCAGGGGAAAGACCCUUUUCAUGUUCCUAUUGUGGUAAAGGUUUCACUGAUCGGCCAUCUCUUGUAAAACAUGAACGUAUCCACACAGGAGAAAAGCCGUUUGCAUGUACUGUGUGCGGCAAAUGCUUCACAGAUAGGUCUAAUCUGGUAAAGCAUCACAGGAUCCACACCCGGGAAAAGUCCUUCACGUGUAUAGAAUGUGGCAAAAGUUUCACUGACCGGUCAAACCUUGUCAAACACCAGAGAAUACACACAGGAGAGAAGUCUUUUGAAUGCACAGAAUGUGGGAAAAGGUUCACAGAAAACUCAACCCUUGUGGUCCAUAGGAGAAGCCACACUGGGGAGAAACCAUAUGCAUGCAAAGAGUGUGGGAAAACAUAUUCAUGUAAUUCACAUCUUAUUGUACACCAGAGAACUCACACCGGGGAACGGCCCUUUGUCUGCCGGGAAUGCGGCAAGAGUUUUACAGACAGUUCGACACUCGUCAUACACCAGCGAGUGCACACAGGAGAGAAACCAUUUGUAUGCAUGACAUGCGGAAAUAGAUACACAAAGAAGUCAGCUAUGGUUAAACACCAGAGAACCCAUACAGGCGAAAAGCCAUUUGGUUGCUCUCAGUGCGGGAAAAGUUUCAUCGAUAGCUCAUCGCUUGUUAAACAUCAGAGGACACAUACAGGGGAGAAACCAUUCUCCUGUAUACUUUGCGGUAGGAACUUUGCUGCCAGGUCUACUCUUGUUAAGCAUCAGCGGACCCACACUGGGGAAAAACCAUACACGUGUACCGACUGCGGAAAAUCUUUCUCUUGCAACUCACACCUAGUUGUUCACCAGCGAUUCCAUACCGGUGAGAAACCAUUUCCAUGCACCGAAUGCGGUAAAAGCUUUACGGAUAGUUCAACCUUGGUCAAGCACCAGAGAAUACAUACAGGGGAGAGACCUUUUGUAUGCAACUACUGUGGAAAAAGCUUUAUCGACAACUCAACACUCAUCAAACACCAAAGAAUUCAUACAGGCGAGAGGCCAUAUUCAUGUAAGGUUUGUGGGAAAUGCUUCACCGAUAGUUCAACGCUGGUUAAACACCAGAGGAUCCAUACGGGGGAGAAACCAUAUACAUGUAAUGACUGUGGCCGGAGUUUUACCGAUUGCUCAACACUUAUCAAACACCAGAAAAUUCAUAGGAGAGGAGAUUCGUUAGUCAAUAACAUCACUGAGAAAGCUGGCUGUGGAAAUUUAGAAGUGGUCACUAAUACAGAGUCAUAAAACUGGCAAAUGACAAAAUGUGAGGAUGAGGUGCAAAGUAAGUGCCGAGUGCAAGUGUUGGGAAGCAGAGCUCUUGACGUUUGGUAGAACUGGGUAGACUUGUCCACAUUUAACAAGUGUUCCAACACCCACCAGACCUACGGAGGCCAAGGGAAGGGGAAUGUUCAUGGAGACAACUCUACUGAUAAGCCUUCAUUCUUCUCCAUACAUAUGGUUGGCCCAGACACAUAAACAUUCAUAGUAUUUUUAUAUUUUCAAGGGAAACUUUCCCUUGCUCAAGUAUUAUCAAGACUUUGUUGUACUGGAAUAAAUCCACCUUUAACAGGAUGGAAAAUUGCACUUUGGUGACAGUGUUCAAAACCCAAAAUGUUAAAUAAUUUAUAAAAAAAAGAUUGUGAGAGUGUAUUUAUGGACAGCCUUGCAGCUUCAGUAUGUACGAAUGUAUUCUUCUGGACACUUUGUCUGUGCAUUUGGUUGUUUGUGUGUACCGAGCAGAUCAUAUAAGAGCGAUAGGACUACAAACAGGGUGCAUUAGAAGCCAAAACUCCAAGGAGACAAUAGAAUAGGGUGAAGUAAGGCAAGAGGGAAGAUGAGACAGUAAUAUAUUGAAGCAGAGAGGUUACAUAGGUUUUAUUACAAAGUCUUGGAAACAGAUGUUGCUAGAUAAUACUAAGAGGUAAAGGAAAAUGUUUAGAGGAAUUUCAUAGAAAAGCCAAAGAACAAGUGUUCUCAUAGUGAGUAAAGCACUGUAUUCCUUUCUUUAAGGUUGUGCUAUUUUCUGCAGUGUUUAAUAUCAGGGGGCUAAGUUACUAGCAUAGAUGAUUCAUAAUAAUCGGUCAGUAAGUUGUUUUGACUGGUCUGCUAGAACUUGAAAGAAAAGAACUGAUUGGUUGCCAUUGAUGCCUAACCCAAAGCAAUUAGCACACAUAACAGGUCUCUGUUCUGUUGUUUAACAAGUACUGUGGUUUUCUUUUCUGUGCCUCAACGAACAUUUCUGAGCACUCCCCUCCUUAAUUUAGUUAUUUUAUGUUGGUGUGAUUUUGUAUCUGCUUAAGGCUACUGCUACAUGGGGCUCAUUCAUGCUUUGUUUAUAAACGCAGGCUGAAAAUCAGCCAGUUCUGUCUGUAUCUGCACUCGCAGGCACUGUGUCGGCCUGGAUUUCUGUGUGAAUAUGGAUACUUAUGUCCCAAAAUCCACUCCGUGGGUCUACACCCAGCCCAACGUAUUGCCUGUGAGUGCAGACACAGGCAAGCGGAUUGGUAGAUUCUAUGCCUACUUUCAUACGCAGGCUGAGAAUCAGCCCCAUGUGGCACUGGGCUUAGAGUUUGAGCAUCAAAAUGUGAGUUGAAUUUUAAAGUUGCAAGUUUGAACUGGUGUGAUGCUGUUUCUUAAAGACCUAGGCUUUCUUUUGCUUCACUGCUUUCAUUACUGUAGAGAAGAGAAGCAGAAAGCAUUAGGCAAUAUGGAUGAAUUUUGCUUGCUAUUUAAACUAAGCUGUUGUUGUGGAAUUGGUGUAUUCAUUGACUGCCACAGGGCAGAGCGCAGAAGAGAGAGAGACUGGACAAAAUUGCAUGUUCCAUACAACCAAUGAGAUGGGCCUGCUAAGGAUGUCAGCAGUUAUGUCCAGGAUGCCUGUUAAACCCCUUUCCAGGCCAAGUUAAAAACAAAUCCACUUGAAUUUUAAUAAAAUUUCAUGAAAA